AUGAAACCGAACACUGCUGCUGCUGCUGGUGCUAGUGCUGCUUCCAACAUUAUAGCUACCCAUGCCCAAAAAAGAAAAAGAAGUUGUAACAAACAAAGCCCCGUCGAAGAACUUCUUCGUCAAGCGGACCAGCUGAUAGCAACUCAAAAACCCAGAGCAGAAGUCUACGCAGCAAUGGCAGAAUCUCUCGGCAGAGCAUGGAAGGACAUCAACUCCAACCUAGAGCUUCGUAAACAUAUUCUGGACCUGAACGUCCUCUACCACACGAAAGCACAAGAAUUUUUUGAAAAAAUGGACGCGUUGGAGACUUCCUGCAAAGACACCGUAGUACCGAUAGAGAUAGAGGUGGUGAAGGAGUUCCUGACGACAAUACACGAGCAGCGAAGAGCUUUACUAGAGUCGCUCAUGGGGGCACUGCAAGCGGGAAAUUCUCUACUAGCAAAACUAAAGGAUCUUGGGGCAGAAGGUACUAUAGACUCGAGACCCGAUCGAAUUCGAAGCUCUGUAAAAAAAGCCAUAUCGCAAGUACAGGGAUGGCUGGAUGAGUUACACUUGAAGAGACAGAUCUUGGAGGCGACCUUCAACAGGAGGAAGACGCAGCUGGAACAGUGCCUCGCUCUUGCUAUUCUAGCAGCAGAUUUACGAGAACUAGAAGAAACAGUGGAGAAUAGGAGAGAACUUCUGAAAAAUAGCAACCAAUACG